AUGGCCAUCUGCUACCCCAUGGCCACAGACCUCAGCAAGGGACACAAAGUUACCCAAAACAUUUCAAAACCUCGACACUGCCACCGCCAUGGGCGCCUGACCAAACACACCAAGUUUGUGAGAGAUAUGAUCCGGGAGGUGUGUGGGUUUGGCUCUUAUGAGAGGCGGGCCAUGGAACUGUUAAAGGUCUCCAAGGAUAAGAAAGCCCUAAAGUUCAUCAAAAGAAGGGUAGGAACUCACAUCCAAGCCGAGAGGAGCUCAGCAACAUCCUGGCUGUGA